AAAGGUUGUGAAACGGAUCUGGGUUGGAAGCUGCUGUUAAUCAGGUUUACAGAAGAUUGUUGAUGUUUAUUUAGUGUCGAACAACAAAGAAGACAUCCCUCUUCCUUCCAAUGGAAACAUAAUUUAUGUGAUGGGAAGAGGGAAAGACUUUGAUUUUUCUCUCUGAAUAUAGCUUCAGAAACUUUACCAUCUCCAGACACAAACACUUUUGGGCAUCGUGAGUCAUGGGCAGUUUCAAGGGCCACGCUCUCCCUGGGAGCUUCUUCCUUGUAGCUGGGAUUUGGUGGACAGUAAAGUACUCGCUCUGGCACGCCACACGCAGGAACAAGAGCAUAGGAUCCACUCGGCUGACCAGCAGGGCCUCACAGCGACGCCUAGAGAUUAUUGAAAGCUCUGUCAUACUCUUCUUCUCGUUAGUUGGGAUGCUGGCAGAGCAGUUUGCGGCAGAUGGGCCGAAGCUUCAGUUGUAUGAUUUUACGGAGAAGCACUGGAAGUAUCUGAUGAACUGGCAACAUGCCACCAUGUACCUCUUCUUUGGUCUGGGUGCAGCUGUGUCUCUGAUUAUCCACACCACAGAGGGAGCACCACUGGCACUGGAUCGGUUAAUGCUGGCUUUAGCUUUCUUCAAUGAAGGAUUUCUUUUCCUCUACCAUCUGCAUGGAAGGAGCAUGCUGGACGUCCACGUGCAUCAGCUGCUUCUCUAUGCCGUCUUCGGUGAGACCCUUGUUGCCUUUGUGGAGGUCUUCCACCGAGGUAACAUCAUCCUGGAGCUGCUGCGCUGCACCCUCACACUCCUGCAGGGAAGCUGGUUCUGGGAGAUCGGUUUUGUGCUGUACCCUCCCAGUGGCUCUGAGUGGGACCUAAAAGACCACAACAAUGUGAUGUUUGUUACCAUGUGCUUCUCCUGGCACCUUGCCUUCGCCAUGCUGCUUGUGGGCGUGCUAUAUUGCACCGUCAGCUGUGUGGUCCGCUCAAGACUGAAGAGGACCCCUCCUAUGGAAAUGGGACUUCUGAAGGCCAGAGAACGCGAUGCAGAGUCAGAGGAUGAGAUGUUAUGAGGUGGACUCUUGCAUGCUGAAUGAUUAAUAAAUAUCACAGGCAAAUCAGGGAUGUGACUCUUGCCGUUACGGCAGCAUUAUGACCAGACGCUCUUCACAGAGACAGAAUAGGGAUAUGAACACAGUUUACCUUAGAGAUAUAUCUCUACCUCUGCCUUAUUUAAUCAACUGUAAAACCCCUUUUAGCCUUACUUGCUAUUUAUUUUACAAUGUCACAAUUUACAUAUAAUCUGUCAUAUGUGGUAUAUAUGGUAUUCAUUUGCACAUGAGUGAGUUUUUAAUGGAUGACAUGCAUUUUCCCUUUUUUUUAAGAGUUUGGUGCCAUUUUGAUCUAAAAGCAGUCAUCAGUACAGUAUUCGAGUAUUACUUGAAAAUGUGUCUUUACGUACUAAUGUGGCUUUUUUUUUGUUUGUUUGUUUCAUGAUGUAAAACGUUGAGUUGCAUGUGUGAAUUAAAACCAAAAUUCCAAACCAUAAGAAGUUUAUUAAAGUUGUAUAAACA